GCUUGCGGAAAAAGUACAUGUCCACGACCACUGUAGACAUGCUUCAUACCCAUCUCACGAGCAGGUUCCCAUCCAACGACGACGACGACGACAACCACCGUCUCGAACCGGCAAUUGAUUUGAUUAUCGACCAGACUGGACAGGCGCAGGGGAGCAAUCAUUGCGCCGUGUCCGCUUGCAUGACCACCACCGCGAGCAUCCGAAUAGCACAAACGCCGUAAUCGUGCACGCUCAUCCGCCCAACUUUUAAAAAAAAAAAUUAGGCUACAAUAUGGUUUUUUCCAACCUGAGCAACGUCUGCUCGCAUCUUCAAAAUGCUUCGCGUGCCCGCCUUAGCCUAACCUCCAUCCCGAUGACCAAAAUGCACCUCGCUCUGUGCCUCGCCUUGCAGAAGCAGGGCCUCAUAUCUACACUCCAAGUUGCUGGCCGAAAACCACCCACAGCCGAAUUGGGGGAAGAUAUCACGCUGGAGUCACGGGAAUCUCUCGAGAACGAGUUGGCAGAGCAACCCUGGUUGGGAAUGGACUACCAGGCGGCCAGCAACGACGGCGUGGCAACCGCAGGCUUAUCAUUGCCCCCGGACGAAGUGCUGAGAAGCCAAGCGAGGAGCAAAACCCUGAGCGCGAGCGUAUACAAAUCCGUGGGCGUGCCCGUGAAUCCGGCGCACAGGCGGAUAUGGCUCGGCCUCAAGUACUGGGACAAUGAGCCGGUGCUACGAUCCGUGCAGAUGAUUUCGAAACCGAAACGCAAGAUCACUGCCAAAGUCGAGGAACUUCGGCGGCUGGUAGCCGGGAAGAAGGCGGGCAUAAUUCAGCCAUUAGUGAACCCUGGAGAAUGCAUGUUUGUCAGCACAGACAUCGGCAUUCUGGAGGCUCGAGAGGCAAUUGAGCGGAAGAGGGGGGGCUUGUUGCUGGUGAGGACAGGUUGAGUCUAGGACGAAGAAGAAUAGAGGGAGGGAAGCAGGGCCAACAGGGAACUUGUACGAAUACAUCGAGGGAGAGACUAGAACAUAGGAAGCGUGCCUGCAUUUCUGGCGGAGUUUUUCUGAUGCUACGGGAGCGCAAAAGCUCACCCCUCCGAGUUGUGUGAAUUAAGACGGAAGUUUCACAUUCAUUUAUACAGAUAAGUCAAACUUCAAAUCAAUUCACACUCUGCACACAACCAAUA